AUGUCGACGACCCGCUCGAACUACACCCACCGCGGUGUUCAAACCGAUCUUCCCAGCACCCCUCCAGCCUUCUCUCAAGCCGCCAUGGAUCCUCUCUCGUACCCUCAAUCGGACCGCGUCGACACUCCGCCCGCAUCCCCGUCCCCGUCCAAUCGAUCAAGACCAUCUACCCCCGUCGAGUCCAUUCACAACCAUUCUCACACCGACAUAUCGUUCGACUCGAUCAGCUCUGGUGCGGAUCAAUCAAUGACGACUACGUCCCGUGCAUUGAAAGUUCAGCUUCCUACGAAUCGACCAAGCGCGCUUCAACACAGGCAACCUUCUUCCCGUAUCGUUUCGCUUCCGGAUGCCACUCCGCGAUUCCGCAUGAAGAAUGUGCUCGAGAGGACGACCACCCGGGUUGUCUCCAUGCCUACUGAGACUGUCAGAGACACCUCCGACGGUUUGGACGUCGACUACGCGACGGAAUCCCUCCUGCAUGAAGCCGAGGAACAUUCCUGUUCUCUUGUCCGCUCGCAAGUAGCUGAUGUUCCAUAUACAUCAUCCCUCCCGUCUUCACCUGAUUCGGUGGUCAUCAUCGCAAACAACAGCAAUCCGUUGUCGAGGGAUUUCCUGAGGCAUGAUCUCAGUAACGUUACGCCGCCGGAAUCUGACGACGGGGAGUGGGUGACAUGGGCCAAGUCGCCACCGCGCCCAAUCCCCGCCCUCCAUGGCCCGCUGUCUCUGCCUUAUGCCCGCUGUCCCUCGGGAGCUGAAGGGACAAUCAUCGAAGAGCAAGAGAGCCUAUCGCGGGUGAUUUGGGGCCUUGAGAACGACAACACCACCGGCAGUCGACCAUCGUUCAAGUCAACAAACGUCCCUCCCGCUUCUCUCAAGACGCAUACACAUCCUCACGGUGACCCGUUCCGUCAUCAAAAGUCUCGACAGCCCCACGGCUCCGCGGCGGCCCCUUCUCUCAGUCAAAAGCAUCUUCCGCCAGGAGCGCAUUCAAGCACAACCGUCGCUCGUGUCGCUCCUUCCCAACACCCUCCCCAGCCACCUGAUUAUAUGCUGAAACACUCGGAACCUAUCGACCUGGGACGGCUGACGCGUGACGCUCAAGUGUCGAACGGUUUGCCGCGGGUACUUGACUGGCAACCUCCCGUCUCUGCCGAGCUGCCAACUCCAGAGCUCAUCCACGAUCUCACCCCGGAAAUGCAAGCAAUUAUGUUCGCUCAAGACACUCUCAAGACGUCCUCGUUUCUCCCCUCGUUUUCAACUAGACCCUCGCCUCCUCAAGUCUCUCCUCUGUCCAACCUGGUCCCGUCAACAUCGUCAUCUUCUCUUCUGGAGUCCUUGAAGUCGUCUCGCUCUCCCAUAGUUCUGGAAGAACUGGCUUCUCACUGGCCGCCCUCAGGCAACAGCUCUCGCGCAUCAGCCUUGGACCUAGCUCAACGCUACCGUCAACAGCAAUUUCAGCACGGCUUCCUACCCACUCCUCCGGACUCUACGUCUCCUGUUUGGUCAUCCACGUUUUCUCCAUACCAGGGCGCGCAUCACGGUUCAGGAUUGUCUCCAGACCUCCUUGUAGCCACUGGCUCAUCGCAACAUCCGGCCACAUAUCAUCCUCAAGCAACGCUGUCCGUCCGGGAUCACUCUCAACACUUUCUUAGACCGUCUCCUGGCAUACUCAGCAGCAACCCUGUCAUGGCAACACGGAAUGUUGCUUUUGGCUCGGCGGCGGCUUCCGAACCUACCAUCGGGCAAUCACUUGCGCCACGUCUGGCUGCAGAGCAAGUUUCCCGCACAGUUCCUGAGACUUACACAGAAGAGUUCCGGCGGCUCCUUUCCCAGCUCUCGAUACCUGUUCGCGAGCCUGCACGAUCGCCGACGUUGCCCAAGGUACCGCCGAACACUCCCCAUGCGCCAUCUAAUCAGCACACACGACGCUUCGAAGCCAGUUCUACCCCGCCCCGCCAAUCUCAGAACUUGAUGCUUUCUCAGAACAACGUGCGCUCCGUUCCCUUGAGUCGACUCGUGCAGCGGCGUCUGUCCACUGUACCGGAAGAGGACUUCAUGGAUCAUCGCCGUACGCCUCCUGCCGCUUCACAGAGCUCUGCCGCCGGCCUACACUUGUUCCUGUCCCCGGCCGCUCGGGCUAGUGGCGGACCCGUGGUUCUUGACUCGUUCGGCGACCCGCUCGGACUACAGUGCAGGUCAACUGUCAAUGUGGUUGAGAAUGCCAAACCUAGUGUCAAACUGCCGGGUGUUCCUGGCAAGGCCUCCGGGCCGGUCACGCGUGGAGAAGGUGCUAUGACGAGAGAAGACUUUCGUCGUCAGGGCAGCAACGCAAACACUGACGGCGGUCGGCGCAGUGAGAACGGAAGAGGGCGUGGUCACAAAAGGGGCGGUCGGGGGAGGAGGGGCCGUGGCGCUAUUCCGAGCAUCCAUGGCGCGGAAAGAAUCGACGGUGGGAUGGUCGUGAGGUCGUGA